AUGUUGCCGAAAGUGCCUCUGCUUACUCUCUUGCAGCCAGCUCUGCAAGUCACCACGCUCGUCCUCCUCUUCAUCGCUUUGCUAUGUCCCAAUCCUUUCACCGACAGCGGGAUUGACCUCAUGGUCGUCAGGCCAUACAAUGUCAGCAGCACCAGCACCGCUAGUGCCGCAACUACAACCCUGGUGCUGAGCACCGCCAAUACUUCUACGUCGACCGCCCUGCCCACGAGUAGUACCACUGCCUCGACACCCUCUUCGGCUACUACUGCGCAUACCGCAACUUCAACGAACACGUCCAGCAGCGUCAGCUCAUCUUCCGCCUCUCCCACAGCCAAUGCGUCGACAAGUUCGACCACGUCCGCCGCUCAAAUCGGCCUAACGCCCGCAAGCGCUAGCAGCUCGACCAUCUCUGCGGCGCGCAGGGAGUACACGCUUCCGCCCCUUGCCAAUCUCGAAGCCCUGUCCAACAGCAGCACUUCGACGACGACUGCGACAGUCUACUCGAAUCAGGGCUAUUCAAAUCUCGAACUCAAGUACGGACCGCUAGGCGGAUGCUUCCGAGACGCCGCUGGAGUCCGCACCUGCACACCGGCGAGCUUGAGUCCCUCUCUGGCCUCACUCAAUGCUCGGCUGUCGGUCGUUGGCCAGCUGUCGACAGCAAUCAGCAUCACCGGUCUGCCCUCGGCAUUCAAAAUCACCCCUAUCCUGCUCUUCGUCACCUUUGGGGUCUUCCUCUUGAUUUACCUCUUGAGCGUUCCUCAGCUCCUGCCGCGGUUGUUCCCCAAGUCGACAAAAUUCGCCAGCUAUCUCAGCCCCGAGUCACGGGUGCACAGACACCUUGAAACACUAGUUGGACUUGCUGUCUACGCUCGGAUGGGAUGUGUCGGUCUCUUGCUGGGUGCUGGUAUCAGUCUGCGAUUGAAAGUCAGCAAGGCAGUAUAUGCCUUCAAUGCUGCCAAUGUCUCGCACACGAUGCCUGCUUCUCUCACCCUCGUCGACUCGGACGAUGUUGGCAUGCAGGCCGUGGCCGGCUCCAGCUUCAGUCUCAUCUGGGCCACCGUCGUUCUCAUUGGCGCGGAAAUCUAUCUGGAACGAAGACGCAUUCGUCUAGAAGCCGCCAUUGCUCAAGCUCGCAAGGACAUUGAGAGUCAGUACGGCCGAGGUGUCUUUGAGAUGCUGGAAGAGGCUCGCUCGCGCGGCGACUUGAGCGCAAAGGCCGAGUCUAUCUACCAAGGUCACGCUGCUUCUAUCAAGCCAGCGCGCUCCAUCUAUGGUGGCUCAGAAUAUGCUUACGGUGCCGACACCAAAGGACGUCCAACGAAGAGUGUGAUGCGCACUGCCUCCUUCAGAUCGACUGGAUCGACCUACCACCACGGACCACAGCGCUACACUUCUUCAGACAAGGACUUUGGCUACAACGUUACAGCUCCUCCCUCGAGGCGAGUACAGCUUCACCCGGCUUCUUCACAUCAAGCAUGGCUCGAAGAGAGAGACGAUGGAGGUUAUUACGAGCAGCCAGCGCCAUUCACCGGCCCAGGCUGGUCCGAAGCUCACCCGCCCAUGAGCCAGACCCGCAGCCUGUCGCGUUCUCAAUCUCGCUCUCGCAUUCGCCCACGUGCUGAGUCUCCUACACCCUCCUACUGGACCUCGAACGGCGGGAAAGAGGCCCUCGAAGCGAGCACACUGCACACGCUGGCCCCCUCUCGCAUGGACAGACGCGGCUCGUACUCUGGCUCCGACGUAGAUCCAGAGAUGGAGCACCUCCCUCCGCGCGGACCCUCCGCCCUCUCGGACUACUCCCUCGAGCCCUCCCGCUCGAUCGCUGGUGCAAGUGGACGUAGGCAGCUCCAGACAGGCCAUGCAGGAGUGGCACACGCGCCUUUUGGGAACUUGCGCCGUAAGCCCUCGCAUGGCUCGCGUGUCGUGCGCGGACCUUCCCGUGGAGUGCCAGAGGGGGAAGAAGACGAAGAAGAAGAGCGACAGCAGCACCAGCAGCACCAGCAGCAGGAAGAGGAUGAAGAGGAAUAUCUCGACUCCCACUACACUGCAGGCAGUACAAGCGAGGAGCGUCGUCGUCUCGAGCGCGAGCGAGAGGAGCUAGCUGCGCUUGAGAGGGAGAUCCUGCAGAGGAGAAGGAGGGAGCUAGAGUGGCAGAUGGGACGGGAUCAAGAUCGAGCUGCUGCCGCUACCACCGCCGCUGCUGUUGCUACUGCUGCUUCCGGUGCCGGACUUGGUAGUAGUCGAAGCAGUAGUAGUACAGAUGACACAAAGAUUGUUGGACUUGGAAGAUUGGGAUACCGGAAAGCUGCUGAUGCUGGGAGGGUCUAG